AUGGAGAAAUCCCAAGAAAUAUCAGUGUUUUCACUUCCUCCAGAAAUAAUCUUCCAGAUACUUAAGGAGCUUCCUGUAAAAAGUUUGCUAAGAUUGAAGUGUGUUUCGAAGCUUUGGUGCUCCAUUAUUGACGAUCCCUUUUUUGUUCAAUCGCACCAUACUCGCUCCCAUACUUGUCCUGGUGGUAUCAGUAUCCUCCACUACGACAAUACUUGUAGACUCGAGCUGGCAGACCCAGAGUUUGAUUCGGUCCAUCACAUUCUAAAUUUGCCUCGCACAUAUUUCAGAAAUCCACAGUAUCAUAACGGCCUCAUCUGUAUCGAUAACUACAUAUCGAAUCCUAGCACACGCGAAUGCAUAAUUAUCCCACCACCACUCAGGAGCAAGACUAAAGCUUCCUUUGAGGAAUCUUCAAAAGAAUUGGAUCCGCAAUACUUCUUAGGGUUUGAUCCUUCCUCUAACAAAUACAAAGUCCUUUACAGACACGCUAUUAUAACUAAACUACAUAAUCGAAGGGAAAUAAUGUUUGAGUAUGAGUACAAGAUUUUGACGUUCGGCACGAACUCAUGGAGAGAUAUUGAUUGUUCCAUCAGUUGUCAUCGUGGCAUUAUCAGUCGUUCUUGUUCCAUUGCCGGUUUUAUAUAUUUUAUACAUUCUAAUUCGGAUGAAUAUGUGUUAGAGGCGUUUGAAGUGGGACAAGAGAAGUUUUCAGUCGUGUCUCUCCCCGAAGGUGCAAAUUCGGCCUCUUUUCUGGUACAGGUUGGAGAACGUUUGGCUGUGAUGGACUUUGAUAGGAAGACAAUUUGGAUAUUAGAAGACUGCCGCAAGCAACUGUGGAACAGACAGAGCCUCGUAAUGAUGUACGAAGGGGAGCCACUAAUAAAUAAUAAUGGUCUGCUCAUGAGACCAUAUGGUACCAUUCAUACUUCUGAGAUAUUAGUCGGUUUAUUUUUCUCUAAAGAGGCAUCAAAACUGUCUUUUUAUGAUCUGGAAAGGAAAAAAUUAAGGAUCCUAAAAACAAUGACUCCAAAUGUUCACUUCUAUGCCAAAUACGUGGAGAGUUUAUUCCGGUUGAAAGGGCUGUGA